AGGGCUGAUGACAAAUCUAUUGACCCCACCUGCUUCGCUUUGCUUCUUUUUCUCUUUAUCCACAGCGCUUUCUCUCUCUCUCUCUCCACGCCAUUUCUCUCACUUCCCCUUUACGUUUUCUCUCUUCCGAAGCUUCAAAUUCACAAAAUCACAUAGACCUUUUUUCAAUUUUUGAUCCCAAACUUUUUUCUCUCUAGAAUAGAGAAUCAAUUUAGAAGAACAAACGACCGUAUUCAUAUUUCUUGAAAAGUCUGUUUGAAUACGAGUUUCUGGGUGAUUACUUCUUGAUUGGAAACAAGAAAAAAGAGGGCUCUUGAUCCACAAAAAAGGAACUUUUUUUGGGGGGAUUAUAUAUAAUUUUUUUUUUCGUUUGAUGGUAUUUGUCUUCUUCGCUUUUAGUUUCGAUUUCAUUAGGUUCCCAAAGAGAAAAAAUCAUGUCGUGUCUACCCGCCGGCUUCUCUGUUUCUGGCUCGAGCAGUCCGAUUUUCAACAAUCGAGAAAGAGGGUCGUCUCUGUCUUCUAGGGUUUGCUCUUCAAUUGGGGGUUUGCAAUUUAGGGGCUCCAAUUCGAAGGAAAUUUGGGGCAACACUCUCGAUUUCCCAGAUCAGAAAGGCUUCAGCAAUUGGAGCAACAAAUCCCCAAAUUUGGACCCUGUUUAUGCACAAGGAACACUUUCAUUUCCAAAAAAAGCUCAAAAAUGGUGGGAGAAAUCUCUGCAGCCAAACAUGGUUGAGAUCGAAUCAGCUCAAGAAUUGGUGGAGUAUUUGAGGAAUGCUGGUGAUAGAUUGGUUGUUCUUAACUUCUUCUCUCCUGGCUGUGGAGGUUGCAAAGCUUUGCAUCCAAAGAUCUGUCAGCUAGCUGAAUCAAACUCUAAUACCAUUUUUCUCACUGUAAAUUAUGAAGAACACAAGCCCAUGUGCUAUGCCCUCCACGUUCAUGUCUUGCCCUUCUUCAGAUUCUACAGAGGCGCAGAUGGCAAAGUCUGCAGCUUCAGCUGCACCAAUGCAACCAUCAAGAAAUUCAAGGAUGCAUUGGCGAAGCAUGGAACGGAGCGAUGCUCCCUCGGCCCGGCUAAGGGUUUAGAGGAGAAGGAGCUCUUGGCAUUGGCAUCAAUCGAUCUUAUAUCCAAGGAUUUGGUGCCCCUCUCCUCACCAGAGGAGGAGAAGGUGCAGGAAUUGGUGGAGGCCGCGAAAUCGAGCUCGUUUAGCAUAGAUGAGAGCAAGGUUGAGCUCAAGGAAGGCAAUGCCAUGGUUGCUGCAUAGUGUUCUUGAAGAUUUGCAGAUGGGAUGAGAUGAGAUGAGAUGAUGAGGAUGAAUAUGUAUAUGUAUUUCUGUCUCUGAAUAUGUUUUUUUUUUCAUCUUUUGUUUGGAGAUGUAAAUAUAUUUUCCAUAAUUUGAGUGUAUUAUAUGAAUUCAGGGCUGUUUGUUUUAGAUAUAAGCCCUGAAAUGUUUGGAGAAUGAUUCCAAAAUGGAGCACCAUUGCUUUUGGUGGUGUUGCAUGAUCUCUCUCAUUUGUAUGUUGAAGAAUGAAGAUGCAAUGAAAUGAAUUUAGAAUUUGGGAAUA